AUGGCAGGCACCAACUUGCUGCAUGACAUGGACAUGUCGACGACGCCCGUCAUGUCCUCCAAGACGCUGCCCGACCUCUCGAUCCCGCUCAAGUCGGCCUCCAAGCCUAGCGCCCCGCGCGCUCCCCGCAUCGACAUCGAGCCGCUCUACACCGCUGUCAAGUCGGCCAUCAGCGACGCAGACUGGACCACGUACAAGACCUCACUGUCGUCUUUCUUGCUGGGGAAUCUCAACCAGGAGGAGCUGAGCGCGCGGCUAGAUGCGAUCUUCGCGCGGGCGGAAAACGAAUCAGCGAAGGCAGGCCUGGCCCGCGGCGCAUUGGAAAGAGCGCACAAUGCGCUUGUCAUGGGGCUGUAUGCGAAUGUCUUCCGGGAUGCGCCCGAGGCGGGCAUCGCGAGCUGGGUGUCUAGCUCGGAUAAGGUUGCGAGCAGUAUGCCCAAGGGGACGGGCGACGAGAGCGAGAAGCGGCUGAAGCAGGAGGUUAUGCAGAUUUCGCGGCGGGAGCGCAAGCGCUUGAAGACAAUACACCAGGGUGGGGGUGGGGCGUUUGAUUUUGCGCCUGUGGAUCCGGUGGGCGGCAUGAUGAUGGAGUAUCAUGAGGCGAGGAGGGUGAAAUUGCCGGAAGCGGGGCCUGCAGCGCAGGCGGGCGGAUAUGGCAAGACGAACUGGGACCUCGAAAUCCGCAAACGCUACACCGCACCCCUCUUCACCGAGACGCACGAAUUCCCCACCGCCCCCACAAUCUCACUACGCUUACUUCCCAUCUGCUACGAAUCCGGCCUGCCGCAGGGCCACACCCCCGACUGCGCCGAGCUACUCAACAUCGCGACGGAAAACUACAUCAAAGAAGCCCUGUCCAAUUUCUUUGCCUUGGUGCACGUGAAUGGGCCCGGCUACGUGCGCACGGCAGAGUACAAGAAGCGCGUAGAAUGGGAAGAAGGGAAAGUUGCACGGGGGGAGAUGGCGCGGGUUGGGGGAGGCGAACUGCCCGUGGAAGUAGAAGAGAGGCGGAAAAGGAAGUUACUGUGUAUGGAAGAUUUGCGGCUAGCAUUGGAGAUUGGCGACAGCUACCUCGGGCAAAUACCCAUUCUCGCUGGAGAGAUUACGCAUUCGAGGUUUCUGGAUACACCGGGCAUGGAGGAGAUAUAUUUGCCUGCUUCUGGCAGUAGGAGUAAGAGUUUGACGAACGGGGUCAAUGGGGUGGGGAAGAGCAGCGCUCCAUACGGCGAAGUGAACCUCGAUGGGGACCCAAUGGACAUUGACGAAGAGUUAACGUGGCAGGGUGGCAGCGUUAAGGAUAUCGAGGACUUGGAUGCCGUCCUGGAUGAUGUGCUUGAGCUGGGUGACCUUUGA